AUGCUUGAUAUCAGAGUUGGAGGAAGGUAUAGAUUAGGGAAAAAAAUUGGAAGUGGGUCUUUUGGGGAAAUUUUCUUAGGAAUAAACAUUCAAACGAACGAAGAAGUUGCAAUAAAAUUGGAAAAUGUCAAUACAAAACAUCCUCAGCUAAUGUAUGAGAGCAAAUUAAUAAAAUUGCUGCAAGGUGGCCCAGGACUUCCAGGUGUCUUAUGAUAUGGCAUAGAAGGAAAUUUCAACGUAAUGGUAAUGGAUUUAUUGGGUCCAAGCUUAGAAGACUUAUUUAACUUUUGCAAUAGAAGAUUUACCUUGAAAACAGUCCUUAUGCUUGCAGAUCAGUUGGUUUGUCGUGUAGAAUAUGUCCACUCUAAAAAUUUUAUACAUCGAGAUAUAAAGCCUGACAAUUUUUUGAUUGGUCUUGGAAAGCGCAGCAGUUUAAUCCAUAUUAUUGACUUUGGGCUUGCUAAAAAAUUCCGAGACCCAAAAACCCAUAAGCAUAUUCCUUAUGUUGAAGGGAAAAAUCUUACAGGAACUGCUAGAUAUGCCUCAACUAACACUCAUCUAGGGAUAGAGCAAAGCCGAAGAGACGACUUAGAAGCAAUCGGAUAUGUUUUAAUGUAUUUCUUAAGAGGCACUUUGCCAUGGCAAGGGAUAACAGCAACAGGAAAGCAAGAAAAAUACCAAAAAAUACUAGAACGAAAAAUGGGGACACCAGUAGAAGUGCUAUGCAGAGGAUUUCCGAAUGAGUUUGCUACUUAUAUAACCUAUUGUAAAUCAUUGAAAUUUGAAGAUAAGCCUGACUACAGUUAUAUUAGAAGGCUGUUUAAAGAUUUGUUUACUAGAGAAGGCUAUGAAUAUGAUUAUGUCUUUGAUUGGACUUUAUUAAAUUAUUCUAGCUCAAGAAUCCGCAGAGCUCGGCCACUAACUGAAGAGAAAAAAGCAUCAAGAGGGGAAAAAGAUUUAAAUGUAAGCAGAGAAGCAGUCAACGCAAGUGCAAUAAUAAAAGAGUCGCAAAAGUCUCCGAAGCAAGAAGAACAAUCUCCUGAAAAAAUUGAGAAAAAAUCAAAAUGUAUAAUUUUUUAA